CAAAAUAAUUGAAAAAAAAUCCGUUGGAGUACAUAAUUGCGUUUUUGCGUUAUAUUUAUUUUCUAUUUAUUAUAUUUAUUAGAUAAACUGUAAAAUGGCCACUUUCGAUUUAAAUUCAUUAAACACAGUGCUUGAUGAGCCCGCACAGCCGGAAACCGGUGUCGAUUUUUCUGGAAAAUCUCUAAAAUUGGAUACCGCGAAAGAUGCACAACUAAUUGUAGACGCGAUCAAUAAAUGCCCGAACCUCCAAUAUCUUGCGUUGACCGGCAAUACACUGGGUGUGACGGCCGCCCAGGCGAUCUCCAAGGCCUUAGAAUCACACCCUGAACUCAAGAUAGCCAGAUUCUCGGAUAUGUUUACUGGGAGAAUGAAAACUGAGAUCCCGCCAGCUUUGAGUGCUUUAGGUGAUGGCAUGAUAGCAGCUGGAGCUCGUUUAGCUGUGCUGGACCUGAGUGAUAAUGCAUUCGGCCCAAUAGGAGUUGAAGGUCUUGCUAAGCUGCUGCAAAGUGAUGUCUGCUCUGACCUAGAGGAGCUUCGUCUGAACAACAACGGCCUUGGCAUAACCGGUGGUAAGUUGUUGGCACGCGCACUCUCCAGUAGGAAGCGGAGACUACGGGUCUUCAUAGCCGGGAGGAAUCGUUUGGAGAAUGACGGUGCCACCGCGCUGGCCAAAGUUUUUCAGGAAAUGGGUUCCUUAGAAGAGAUAGCUAUGCCACAGAACGGUAUAUACCAUGUCGGUAUAACGGCUCUAUCGGAAGCAUUCAAACACAACCCGGCACUGAACCAUCUUAAUUUAAAUGACAAUACUAUCGGGGCUAAAGGUGCUGAAGCCAUUGCCGGUGCCCUACCAAGAUUAAAGAAUCUUAAAAGCAUUAACUUUGGUGAUUGCCUCCUGAAGAGCAGAGGAGCGAGAGCUUUGGCUAAAGCUUUCAAGGGAAACUCGUUGCUAUUAGAGUCUCUGGACCUCAGCCACAACGAGAUCGGACGAGAGGCGUGCAUGGAGUUGGUGGAUGCCAUCACCGAGCUGCCCGACAGUCAGGAAAGACUCAGCCGGAUAGUUUUGGCAGGGAACAGCUUGGGCAAUGCGGCCAACAAGAAGAGCCUCAAAGAUAAGCUCGGUGCUUCAGCAGAGCUCAGCGAUGGGGAGGGCAGCGAUGAUGAAUACGUGACCGAACCAGAGGAGGAAGAUGACACGGAGGAGAGCGAGGAUGAGGAUGAGGACUCCGAGGAAGCCGGGUCAGGAGACAGCUCUCCUGAAGAAAUCCGAGAUAUAGACACCGUUAUAGACGUUAAAGAAAUUAGUUUAGAUGAUUCUGGAAGAGAAGACAUACAGUCCGACGUGGAGCGCUUCCUCAAGGAUCCUUCCGUCAAGCACCUGAACUCCCUGGGCGACAGGGCUGCCGAGCUCAUCGACGCUCAUCUGCAGAUGAUCCGAGAUCCGGAUGCUAUGACCGAGGCUUACGCUCAAGCAGUCCUGUGCGCCAGCGGGCUGUCGUCCCGCAGCGCGGCGGCCACCGCCCUCGCCAAGCAACUCUACCCGCUGUUCAUAGCCAGGGCUAAACGGCAAAUGGCUCUGGCUAACUCGCUCUUACCCGGAUUAGGACUUAUCAAGUGGGAGAACAAGGACUAUAAGAUACGGUGGGACCUGCCCGGCUGCUACAGCAUCCUGGCCAACGUUCUGGACGAGGCCUACUUCCCCGCCGGGCUCAGAGACACAUUGAGAUUUUUCAUCACCAGUAAACUACCCACCCUGCCCACAGAAAUAGAAUUGGCUAUAAAAAAACAUCCGACUUUGUAUACAAAUAAAUAAUUUUAUUUUCA